UAUAGUCAGAGACUCAAAGAAACAGUACUAGAAUAGAAGUAUAGAUGAUGUACAAAGAAGAUCGUUUUUUACUUUUUGGCCUAUAUAAUAUUUACAGUUUACCACUUUAAUAAAAAGAGCCCAGUAUUACUUACCUAAAAUGACCCCUUGUAAAUAACAAGAGUCUUCUUCCCCAAUCCCGGCCAGCGCUGCAACUGUCGGCGAAUAUCGUGGGCAGCAGGAAACAACUCUUUAAGCCACUGACUCCAGCAUAAGGAAGGACUCCGUUGCUUUCUUCUUCAUCUCUGUUCUUCUCCCCUUCUCCUUUGAUUAUUAUUUUUUUUUCCAAAUCCGUCCAAUUUAGUCCACGGAUCUGGAAUUCAGUUUAGGAGUCCGGUACGUAUUCCGAGUCGGAAUCCGUGUCCGACAGUGUCGUGUCGGACUCCAGGUAGCUUAGCUUAGAUCAUAAGAGGGCGGGCAUGGCAGAGACUGAGGCGGUGAAGUCAAAUCCUCGGCCUAUCAUUCGCAUUGGCCUUUUCUUUAUGUCUCAUAGUCUCCUUGUCAGUGUUGUUUGCUAUGUGGCUGGGAUUUUUGCUCUUCUGUUGUUGCCUAUUCUCUCCAAGAACACAUACAUCUCCGAAAAUGCCCUUAUGCCUGGUUCUGCGAGUCCCAUGCUGUCUAAUGAUGAUGUUUCAGAGGCGAACAGAUUUAUGAACCAGAUUUCAAACCUAGAUUCUAGUUUUUCAAGAUUGCGCAUAGAAGUUCCAAGAUUGAUAGCGCACCAUAUUUCAGCCAUGGGUGGUGAAGUGAAUCAUCAUAAGUUUGGACCUCAAUUGAAGAAACAACAUCCUCUACGUUUUUUUACCAUUCAUGAUCCUGGUACUAUCCAAGAUAACUUUACUUGUUCAUCAUUGGGUACUAAUACAAUUGGAAUCAUAAGAGCUCCUCGAGGGGAUGGAAAGGAAGCUAUUUUAUUGGUGACACCUUAUAACUCCUCAAAGAUCACUACUGGUGAGGUGUUAGCUCUAGGCAUUGGUUAUUCUAUUUUCUCCCUGCUCUCGCGAGUUACUUGGCUUGCCAAGGAUAUCAUAUGGUUAGCAUCAGAUUCACGACAUGGAGAAUACAGAGCAGUGACUGCCUGGCUGAGAGAGUACCAUACACCUCUAUUUGGUGGUUUGGGGAAGUUACAGGAUGAGCUGUGCCUUGAACCAAGUAGUUUUUCUGAGGGAAAACCACUUGAAACAAUUGAUGCCAGAAAUUUGGAUACUUUUCGACGUGCUGGCACAAUGGCUGCUGCUCUUGUUGUCAAAGUUGCAGAUACUAGCUCAGAGCUUGAGAAGGAUGCUCUUAGUAUAUAUGCUGAAGCAUCCAAUGGCCAGAUGCCAAACCUUGAUUUAAUCAAUAUCGUGAACUAUCUUGCCGUAUAUGGGCAGGGUUUACGGGUGAGGGUGGAGAAAAUGUACUCUUUUCUGCACUCUCAUUGGCUAAAGGGCCUGGGUGGAGUGUUUGAAUCAUUGGGGAAACUAGCUAAAAGCUUAAAUCCUGAAUGGAAUUUUGACAUAUCCAUUGCAGAAUAUAUUGAAGGCUCCGCUACGCUUGCCAGUUCCCUGUAUAACCAGGCAUUGGGUGUUCCCACUGGUUCGCAUGGAGCUUUUAGAGAUUAUCAAAUAGAUGCAAUAACCAUGGAGAUCUCCCAUCAGAUGUCAAGUAAUUAUAGAAAUAGACAAAAUGAGUUGCUUACCCGGAGUGGCAGGUUGAUUGAAGGAGUGAUACGUUCUAUUAAUAACCUACUCGAGAAAUUUCAUCAGUCUUUUUUCCUGUAUCUCUUGACCUCCCCAAACAAAUUCGUGUCAGUUGGAGUCUACAUGAUUCCUUUCGCCCUGCUCGUUGCUCCCCUCCCUGUGGUUGCAGCUGCACUCUUUUCGGCCGCUAGUCGGAUUUCUUCAGAAGGCCAAGUUGCCACAUCGACCUCUGUUAAAAAUCCCUCCAACAAAUUCAGAUCUUGGAGAUGGCUUGCAGCUGCGAAAACUGUAUUCAUUGUGCACUUCUGGGGUGCCCUUAUGACAUUACUUCCUUACUUAUCGGGGCAGAUACCUGAGUUCACCCCAGCUACCGGCGUUUGGUUAUGGAUUGUGCUUCCAGUGAUAAGCCUACUCUUGUUCACUUUUCCACGUCGUAAGGGUAGUCAGUCUUCCACGGCAGAAUGGAUGUAUCUGAAAUCAGUGACAAUUGCAGCUGCCUUUAUUGGACUUUCUUUAAUGUCAGUAAUCAACUUUGCAACAGCCGAAAUCGGAGCAAUCCUGCUGGUUCCUAUGUGCUUGAUGGCUGCACCAUUGAGCAUCAAAAUUCAGAGCUUGAGAACUAUUGUUCAGGGCGCCUGUAAUUUGAUUUUCGCCUUCCUAGGGUUCCCGCCACUCACAUUCUUCGUAUUGAAAGGUGCAAUACAGGAUCUUGAGAGUACAAGCAUUGGUGAAUUUUGGACAUGGAUGGUAUCCCUGUGGGAAUGGAGCAGUGCUACUUAUGUUUUUAUAUGUAUGGUUCACCUUCCUUGCUGGGCUUUGUGUGCAGUAACUUUGUUACAGCGUAGUUGAUGAGAAAAUGUUUGAUGUAUUUUUUGCCCAAUCCUUUUACCGAGGAAACCAGAGGAAUUUUGUAAAGUUAGGAUUAGCAAAGAGAUUGGUGUUCCAAGUAAAAUGUGCAUGUUCAAAAUAUACAUUUUCUUUACUAAUUUUCGUGUUUGUGUUGACAAAACCCAAUGAUAUCUAUGAGACAGAUGAAACCACUUAGAGUGAUAAAGAUAUCGUCCUCUCUUUUGUGUCAUUUCUAAUUAUACUUUAUUUUCCCGUAUCAAUAUAAUUGUUUCUCAC